UCUUCCCGCCAGCACCGAUGCGAUAAAUGAACAGGAAUCACCAGUAAUUCUUCGUCGCGCCACAUAGGCCACCUCAACGGCCGCGCAGCACUUCUCCGGGACAUGCCAACAUGUCUAGGGUUUCGACGCCUUCGCUGCCAAUGCACCAUGCCUCGAAUGGGGGCACCAAGUCAUCGCGACCUGGCUCUCCGUAUCUGCAGCCGCCAGAAGCACAGAAGCGGAGUGGGACAGCCACGCCCAAGCAGUCAAUAACCGCGUCUUAUUCGAUUCUAUCUCACGAGGAAACUGCACAAAGACUGCAAACUUCGGAAACCCGUGGUCUGUCCUCCUCCGAUGCCUCUGCGCGCAUACACAUCCACGGUCGCAAUGAGCUCCCGCACGACGAGCCCGAGCCGCUGUGGCUUAGAUUUGUAAAGCAGUUUAAGGAAACCCUUAUCCUGCUGCUACUGGGGUCAGCCGCUGUGUCUCUGAUGUUGGGCAAUUUGGAGGAUGCGAUCAGUAUUACUGCAGCGGUGACAAUCGUGGUCACCGUAGGGUUCGUACAAGAAUACCGAUCUGAGAAAUCUUUGGAAGCACUGAACUCGCUCGUACCGCACUCAGCGCAUAUCAUUCGGGCAGGUCAAGAACAACAACGGGCGAAUGGUACUGCUACGGACGGCAUCGAGCUGGACGAUUUGAAGGAUACCACCGCAGCGCUGGCGGACGCUGAGAGGAAAUCAACCACUAUAUCAGCAACAUUGCUAGUCCCAGGCGACCUGGUUCUCUUCCAUACCGGCGACCGCAUUCCCGCCGAUAUUCGAAUCACGCACGCUGCAGACCUCUCAAUCGACGAGUCGAAUUUGACGGGAGAGAACGAGCCAGUCAGCAAAACCCCAGAUACAAUUACGCCUCCAUCUGGCGUACAGCGCGCGCCCUCGCCAUUCUAUGCCUCUGAGGGAGCUGGGACUGUUGGUGCUGAUAUUCGAUUGAAUGAUCAGAAGAACAUUGCAUUCAUGGGCACAUUGGUACGAUCUGGAUACGGGCAAGGCAUCGUUGUAGGCACUGGCGGUAACACAGAGUUUGGUGCUAUUUCAGCGUCACUUCAGGAGAUUGAAAGCCCGCGAACGCCGCUACAGCUGUCUAUGGAUCAACUCGGGAAAGAUCUCAGUUACAUGUCGUUCGUCGUAAUUGCCUUCAUCGGUCUCGUGGGGCUUUGGAGAGGCUGGAAAUUUCUUGAGGUGUUCCAGAUUGGCGUCUCACUUGCUGUUGCAGCCAUCCCCGAAGGACUUCCGAUCAUCGUUACCGUCACACUUGCUCUAGGUGUAUUGCGAAUGUCUAAACGAGAUGCGAUCGUUCGACGCCUGCCUAGUGUUGAGACUUUGGCGUCUGUCAACGUGGUGUGCACCGACAAGACCGGCACUCUCACGACAAACCACAUGACAGUCACAAAGCUAUGGCACUUCGAUGAGACAGCUCCUGUUGAUGUAAAGAAGAAGCACGAUACUGAAAACCUCGACUCCCCAACACGGAAUAUUCUACGGAUAGGCAACAUCGUCAAUAAUGCGCGACUUUUAAGCGACGAAGCUGCAUCUGCAUCGACAGCUGCGGUUCUUUCAUCGACGAUGGGCGACGACAACUCUUUGGCGAAAAGUCGCUGGGUUGGUCAGCCUACAGAUGUCGCACUUCUGGACCUUCUUGAUGCCUUUUCCGAGGAUGAUGUACGAGAAAGACUGGGCGCACGCAAGUUUGAGACUCCAUUUAGCUCUGAGAGGAAGUGGAUGGGUGUCGUUAUCAGCGGCAGUUCAGGUUCGGACGUGUCCUACAUCAAGGGUGCAAUUGAGAGAGUGCUUGACCGAUGCGACACUUACGUCAACGCCCAAGGAAAGGAGGUCAAUCUCGAUCAAUCGCGACGGCAAGAAGUUCUGAAAGCCGCAGAUUCAAUGGCCCAAGAAGGCUUGCGAGUCCUCGGCUUUGCGAGCGGACUUGCACGUCACAAGGCAAGCAGCGGUGCUUCGACGCCAGUCGUUUCUUCGGCUUCUGCGCUGGGCGAUGACGAGCACUACCGCGGCCUAGUCUUCGCCGGCCUUGUAGGCAUGAGUGAUCCUCCACGCAAGGGUGUAGAAAAGGCCAUCCGACGUCUGAUGGCCGGCAAAGUCAAGGUCAUCAUGAUCACGGGUGAUGCUGAAACCACAGCAGUAGCUAUUGGCAAGAACCUGGGCAUGCCAAUUAACCCCAACUCUGCACUCGGACGCUCUGUCAUUCGUGGCGACGAGCUCGAUCAAAUGAGUGAAGAAGAGCUCUCGCAGGCGAUCGCCACAACCUCGAUCUUCGCACGCACCAGUCCCGAACACAAAAUGAAGAUCAUUCGCGCACUUCAAGCGCGAGGGGAUGUUGUCGCUAUGACUGGCGACGGUGUCAAUGAUGCGCCUGCGUUGAAGAAGGCCGACAUUGGCAUCUCCAUGGGCAGACUCGGUACAGAUGUUGCCAAAGAGGCUGCCGACAUGAUCCUUACAGACGACAACUUUGCUACCAUCCUCAACGCUAUGGAGGAGGGCAAGGGCAUCUUCUACAACAUCCAGAACUUCCUGACGUUUCAGUUGAGCACAAGUGCGGCGGCGUUGAGCUUGGUUUUACUGAGUACCUUCCUCGGUUUCCAGAACCCGCUCAACGCCAUGCAAAUCCUGUGGAUCAACAUCUUGAUGGACGGUCCACCUGCGCAGUCUCUGGGCGUUGAGCCUGUCGACCCUGCCGUGAUGGCUCUGCCUCCCCGCCCUCGUCAAGCCCGCGUGCUCACUCGAUCACUCAUCCAGCGCGUACUGCAGUCCGCAACUAUCAUCAUGCUCGGCACUUUGACGACUUACUACCGCGAGAUGACGAUCGACAACGAGGUCACUGCGCGCGACACCACCAUGACCUUCACUUGUUUCGUCCUAUUCGACAUGUUCAACGCUCUCACGUGCCGCUCGUCCACCAAGUCAGUGCUCACGGGCGAGAUUGGUGUCUUCGACAACAAGAUGUUCAACUACGCGGUUUCUGGGUCACUGAUUGGACAGCUGCUCGUAAUCUACUUUCCGCCGCUGCAGCACGUCUUCCAGACAGAGGCGCUCGGGUUCGCGGAUUUAUUGCACCUGAUUGCAGUGGCAAGCUGUGUGUUCUGGGUAGAUGAGGGCAGGAAGGCGUACGUGCGAUACCAAGCGAGAAGAGGGUACGGCGGGGGCUACAGCACUGUUGUAUGAUGUACGAUGGAUUUGUAUAAAGCGUUGCAUUGAGUGGGUAUAGACUAUCGCCCAGGCUCAAUCAAAACCAUGGAGCUUCCUCUUUGAUGCGCGUAGUUCAG